CCAGAAGAUGGGCGACCAGAUUAUGGGGAAGCGGAGGACCAUGGUUAUAAGAAGUUCAUAGAGCCUUCAAUCUGCGACUACACCUUUGGUGCAGUUUUGGAUUCGAAAGUGCACGUAGAAUCGUAUUCAACAUGGCCAUUAUCGGCCACAAGGAAGAGCACCUGUCUGACCCUCGUCUAACGAACAUUGCAAAUGCAGACACGAAGAAAUGGUACAGGAAGCAGAACCUGCGACUUCUGUAUCUUACGCUUGUGCCAUGUGCAUUGGGUGUUGAGAUGACCUCUGGCUAUGAUUCGUCAAUGAUGAACGGUCUCCAGGCUGUCCCUGCCUGGGAUGAGUAUUUUAAUCAUCCCACCGGGUCGAGGCUUGGAUUGUACAAUGCGAUGUACUCCCUAGGUGCAUUGCUUGCCGUUCCCUUUGUGCCCUUCGUAUCAGACAAGAUUGGGCGUCGCUGGACGAUCAUCACAGCGUCUAUGGUCAUGAUCUGUGGAGCGGCCCUACAGGGCGCAUCUGUCAACUACAACAUGUUUAUGGCUUCGCGUUGGUUGCUAGGUUUCGGCAUCCCAUUUGCCAUCGUCAACGCGUCUUCGUUGAUUGGCGAGCUAGCCUAUGCACGCGAACGUCCCAUACUUACGAGUGUCUUCAACGCUUCGUGGUUUGUCGGUUCAAUCGUCGCUGCGGGGACGACAUACGGCACAUUUACAAUUCACUCCACUUGGGCAUGGCGAAUUCCCUCAAUUCUCCAGGCAUUUCCCUCAUCUCUGCAAAUCAUCUUCAUGUAUUACUGCCCUGAAUCACCCCGCUGGCUCAUCGCCAAGGAUCGGCAUGAAGAAGCAUACGAAAUCCUGCGCAAGUACCACGGAGAAGGUGAUGACGGCGAAGAGUUUGUACGCCUCGAGUACGCACAAAUCAAGACCACCAUCAGCGUUGAGCUUGAAAAUUCCAAGAGAUUCAUGUGGGCAGACGCGUGGCGCGACCCGGCCAUGCGACGCCGUUUCUUGAUCGCUGGUGUGACGGGAUUCUUCACGCAGUGGAGCGGCAACAAUCUCAUCUCGUUCUAUCUCAAGAAGAUCCUGAAUCAAGUCGGCAUUCAUGACGCGCGUCUGAUACAGAAGAUCAUUCUUAGCAAGACAUGCUGGGACUUCAUCCACGGUCUCCCGAUCGCUUUGAUCGCUCCCCGAUUCCCUCGCAGAAAGGGUUUCCUCACCUGCACGAUCGGAGUCAUGUUCGUGUACAUUGCUUGGACGAUAGCCAGCGCGAGGCGAGAAAUUACUGGAAGCGACUCUGCGGCUGUCGUGGUCAUUGUGUUCAUGUUUAUUUAUUCCAUCUUUUACAAUAUAGGCUGGAAUGCCUUGACCUACACCUACAUGGUCGAAAUCUUCCCCUUCCAACAACGCAGCAAGGGUAUCGCAUUCGAGCAACUCACAGUCCGCCUCGCCAACUUCUUCAACACCUACAUCAACCCCAUCGGACUCGACAGCAUCGGCUGGAAAUACUACAUUUUCUACUGCGUGUGGAUGAUUGUUGAGAUCUCGACCGUGUACUUCCUGUUCCCAGAGACGCACAACAGGACGCUUGAGGAGUUGAGUUUCAUGUUCGAAGGUAAGGAGGUGCAGGGUAGGAUCGAGAUGGGGGUUGAAGAGGUGCUAGAGAAGAAUAGUGUUGAGAUGAUCCGGGAGAUGGAUGCGGUGCGAAAGGUGGAUAGCGUCAGUGCAAAGAGUGCGAAGUAGUCAGCUGGUCAUCGCUG